UUUCCUAAUACAUACUUUUUCUAAUAUAAAUCCAAGAUCUAAAACAUAUAAAAAUCUCACUCUCUCACCCUAACCCUAACGCUAACCCAGUCAGAUGAUCGAGUAGCCGAUCUGUUGGUGCCCACCACAUGCGGAAGCUGUAUAUAAUGUUGAGCUCAUCCUGGCCGAGCGUUACGGUGAUAUGUUAACAGCUCAUUAGCAAACAAUUCUAUCAAACCAGCUAAGCCUCCGAUUCAUUUUGUGCAUAUACCAAACUUGGCCUACCAUAAUUCUCGUUCCUUCUUCUUCUUCUUCUUCUUCUUCUACUUCUAAAUCUACUUCUUCUUCUUCUUCUUCUUCUUCUUCUUCUUCUUUCCUGCAACUGUUUCUUCCCAACCUAAAAGGAAAAAAGCUGAGCACUUUUUUGCAUCAGAGAAGACCAAAAGCAAAGCAGUUACAUGUCAGUUCAUCCAUCAAUCAAACCCACAUGUGCCCUUUAAUGGUGGUGGAUAGCGAUUGCGAUUGCCCCUUUCGGCACGAAACCUGCGACGCUGUGUAGAAAGUAGAAACCCCUCUGGUUUCUGCUUCCCGCUACCUGCAAUCAUUUUUUCUCCUAUAUAAAGAGGCGAAAAUGGCGGAAAUUCCAAAGCUGGAUUCGGAGUCAGAUUCAAUGAUUCCUUCUUGCGAAGUUCGUGGAUUGGAUGAGAUGGAGAACACCCAGAAGAUCUCCAUCUCUGAUCACAUAAACGGCUUUCAGUAUACAAGACCCGAAAAAUCUGACACCUUUGUUGUGGACCUCGAUGGUUUCUCCCAUGCCGUUGACAAAGACGCACCCAAAAAUUCGAGGAUCAGCUUGCAGAGAAGCUUCUCCAGAAAAGGGACUCAUCGCGGCGGCGGCGGCGGCGAGAAGAAGGCCUACUCUGGUGGCACCGCCAUUGAUAGAGACCCUAUCUCUGCUGCCCCUUCACCUAGAGCGGCAGCAUUAAGUGGGGAAAGCAUGAUGCGUGAGAAGUCUUCCAUGGUGGUGAGGUUGGGGACCGCGGCGGAGCACCAAUCAGUCAACCCGCAAGUCCACCAUCAGAUCACCAUCACCGCCGCCAACAUCGGCAACGCGGAGAGCCCACGCGUCCUCAAGAGAUGCCCCUCCCGCCGCUCUCCCUCUUCUUCUUGCUUCCUUGAUCCCCGGCGGGUUCUCUUCUUCUUUGCCACCCUGUCAAGCAUGGGAACAAUACUACUCAUAUACUUGACUCUUUCCGUGGGCAAGAUGGGUGCAGAUGAUGACAAUCUUAAUUGGUAGUGUAGACCAGAGUAGCAGAGAGAAAUGAAUAUGAACAUAGCUUUAAUGGCGUGGAGAUUGGCAGCAGUUUUGUCUGUAUCGGAGAGAGCACAGAAGAAGACGAAAAUGGGGAACACAGGAAAAGAAAUGCUAACCUACACAUUUCCAUCAUCGUGGAUGGCUUCAGGCUUACCAGUUUUCACCUUUUUCCCUUUUUUAUUUCUUUCUUUCUUUCUUUCAAGCCUUUCCUUUCCUUGUUUAUAUUUUAGCUAGAGAUGGAGACAGCGGCUCACUCACUGCACUUAUCCGUGAAGGAAUCCUGGUGUUAAUAUGUAAGGAAUUUUGGUUAAAAUAACAAGAUGGCUCUCACUCGCUGUACA